GAAGCCGGCGGAUCAGACUGGUGAAUGGGACAGGUCACUGUGCCGGGAGAGUGGAGAUUUAUUACAACGGCAGCUGGGGGACAGUCUGUGAUGAUUCCUGGGAUCUGUCAGACUCCAAUGUCAUUUGCAAACAACUGGGAUGUGGACACGCCAUCAAUGCAACUGUCUCUGCUCAUUAUGGGCAAGGAUCCGGGCAGAUCUGGCUGGAUGAUGUGAACUGCUCUGGGAAUGAAUCCAAUCUCUGGGACUGUCCUUCCGGGAGCUGGGGCCAGCACAACUGCAGACACAAAGAGGACGCAGGAGUUCUCUGCUCAGGUCUUGUAAAGCUACUGCCAUUACGUGUCGUGGGAGUAGAGGACAGAUGCUCGGGGAGAGUGGAGGUUUGGUACCGUGGCUCCUGGGGAACAGUUUGUGAUGACUCCUGGGACAUGGCGGAUGCUAACGUUGUGUGUAAACAACUGGGCUGUGGAUCUGCUGUAUCUGCCCCGGGCGAGGCUGCAUUUGGUGAGGGGACUGGUCCCAUCUGGGUGGAGACGUUGAAUUGCAGAGGGACAGAGUCAUCUCUCUGGGACUGUCCUGCCAAGCCCUGGGAUAAGAGUAACUGUGACCAUAAGGAAGAUGCUGCCGUGAAUUGCUCAGGGAGCAAAGAAACAAAGCCUCUCAGGCUGGUGGAUGGAGGUAGCCCCUGUGCCGGGAGAGUGGAGGUUAAACACCAGGAUCAGUGGGGGACGGUGUGCAGUGAUCGCUGGGACAUGGCAGAUGCUGGGGUUGUCUGUAAGCAGUUGGGAUGUGGAGAUGCUGUCAGUGUCCCUCGCCGGGCUCAUUUUGGAGCAGGAUCUGGACCAAUUUGGCUGGAUGAAGUUGCCUGUGAUGGUACCGAGUCUGCUCUCUGGCACUGCGGGAACGAGGGAUGGGGUCAGAGUGACUGCAUUCAUGGAGAGGAUGCUGGAGUGACCUGUUCAGGGAGCAGGCGGAUCAGACUAGUGAAUGGGGCAGGUCACUGUGCCGGGAGAGUGGAGAUUUAUUACAAUGGCAGCUGGGGGACAGUCUGUGAUGAUUCCUGGGAUCUGUCAGACUCCAAUGUUGUUUGCAAACAAUUGGGAUGUGGACAUGCCAUCAAUGCAACUGUCUCUGCUCAUUAUGGGCAAGGAUCCGGGCCAAUCUGGCUGGAUGAUGUGAACUGCUCUGGGAAUGAAUCCGAUCUCUGGUUGUGUCCUUCCAGGGGCUGGGGCCAGCACAACUGCAGACACAAGGAGGAUGUGGGAGUUCUCUGCUCAGGUAUGUUCUACCAGGACAAGUUGCGCAUCGUGGGAGGAGAGGACAGAUGCUCGGGGAGAGUGGAGGUUUGGUACCGUGGCUCCUGGGGAACAAUUUGUGAUGACUCCUGGGACAUGGCGGAUGCUAACGUUGUGUGUAAACAACUGGGCUGUGGAUCUGCUGUAUCUGCCCCGGGCGAGGCUGCAUUCGGUGAAGGGACUGGUCCCAUCUGGGUGGAGACGUUGAAUUGCAGAGGGACAGAGUCAUCUCUCUGGGACUGUCCUGCCAAGCCCUGGGAUAAGAGUAACUGUGCCCAUAAGGAAGAUGCUGCCGUGAAUUGCUCAGGUCCAACAGAGAGGACAGAUUCUCUGAAAACUCCAGUGUGA